AUGGACCCCGCCGCCGGCCGCCAGACCAGCUUCCUGCCGUCGCGCUCCCACUACCGUCUCUCCCGCGAGGAAUGGAUCAAGGGCAUCGCCAACCGGUUCGUGUUCAGCCAGAUAUACCUCUACCUGUAUCUCUCCAUGGCCAUCCUGUCUCUCACCACCGUCGUCCUCUCCCUGCUCUCAGAAUGCCCGACCCUGUCCUUCUACAUCCUCGAGAUCAUCGUCAAUCUGGCGAUGAUACUCGAAGUGCUCAUCCGCCUGCUCGCCUUUGGAAAGGCCAAGAAGGAGGAGGUCUUCGACACCUUCCUGCUCGUCAUCAGGAACGCCAUCCAGUUCUCCCGCCUCGCACUCAUGCUGCGAAGGAGCGGCAAAAACAUCUUCACCACCAUCCAGCCCAUCGACCUGGAAGGCGCCAUCCACCACUCAGACGCCCACUCGUUCUUCCUCGACCUAGACGAAGAAGACGACCGCUCCUCAGUCGACGAUGACUAUUAG